AUGGGUCACGCUGCAGGUCUCCGCGCUGGUACGAGAUACGCCUUCUCGAGGAACUUCCGCCAGAAGGGUUCCAUUGCCCUGUCCACCUACCUCCGCCAGUACAAGGUCGGUGACAUUGUGGACAUCAAGGCCAAUGGUGCUGUUCAGAAGGGUAUGCCUCACAAGGUCUACCACGGCAAGACUGGUGUCAUCUACAACGUCACCAAGAGCGCCGUCGGUGUGAUCAUCUACAAGAAGGUCAAGCACCGAUACAUCGAGAAGCGCAUCAACCUCCGCAUUGAGCACAUCAGCCUGUCGAGAUCGCGAGAGGACUUCAUCAAGCGCGUCAAGAAGAACGCCGAGCUGAAGAAGCAGGCCAAGUCCGACGGUACCACCGUCCAGGUCAAGAGAAUGGCCACUCAACCCCGUGAGGCCCACACCGUGUCCGCCAAGGACAACAAGCCCGAGACCGUCGUUCCGAUCGCCUACGAGACAACUAUCUAA